AUGGAGCAUCCAGUCAAGGAAAUCGGCGGCGUUAUCAAGUCGCUCACUCAGGGCAGCCCUGAUGUCCAAGAGUCGACUCUGAGAGAAUACUUUCUCCCCAAUGCCUCGUUCUCACACCCAUACUGCCGUGUUCCUUCUAUAUCGAAGGGACAAAUCCCCUUGGCGGGAGGUCUUGAGUCUAUUCAGUUGAUACUAGCCAUCUAUCGAUGGUAUCGUACUCUGAGCCCACACAUUGACCUCAAGGUCGAUUCAGCAGCCUUUGAUCAGAAGAGUGGUCUUCUGUAUGUCUCCAUCCGUCAAACAUUCGCGCUCUGGUUCAUCCCUCUGUACAAGGCACCUGUGAAGCUUGUGUCUGUUCUACAGCUUACACAGCUCUCACCAGAGUCAUCAUCAGAGGAUGAGGAAUCAGAAGAUAGCAAGCCGCGUCGGCAAAACCCUCGUUAUUACAUCGCCAGUCAGGAAGAUCUCUAUCCAGUAAACGACUGCAUUCAGUUCUUGUGCCCUGGUCUCGGUCCCUUCUUGUGGACUAUUUGGCAGCUCUACAGCACUUGGCUUUGUGUGAUGGGAUCGCUGUUAUUCUUGCCUGUGUACUUUCUGCUCAACGGUACACCAUCGAAGACGAAGAAGAGAAUUCCCAAGUUUUAG